GAUAGAUAUUUUUGCAUAAACAAUCCAUAAAACGAUGGCUACAACAGCCGACUCUCCGAACACAACCACCGACUCUGAUCUCGAACAAACCCCUAACCCUAAUUCUCCUUCAAAUGCAAUAGUUCCGUCCCAGUCUGCCACCACCCCCGCCGUAUGUCUCCUCCGCUUCCUCGGCGAUUCCGCCGGUGGUGCUCUCACGGGCUCCAUAUUCGGCUAUGGUUCUGGUUUGGUUAGGAAGAAAGGAUUUAAAGGCUCCUUUGUAGAGGCAGGAUCUUAUGCUAAGACGUUUGCAGUACUGUCUGGAGUGCACAGUUUGGUGGUCUGUUUUCUGAAGAGGCUGCGUGGAAAAGAUGACGCAUAUAAUGCUGGAAUAGCUGGAUGUUGCACUGGUCUUGCUUUAAGUUUUCCAGGAGCACCUCAAGCUCUUCUGCAGAGCUGCCUGUCUUUUGGAGCAUUUUCAUUUAUUCUUGAAGGGUUGAACAAGCAGCAACCAGCAUUGGCGCACACAUUUUCCUUGAGAAACAACCGUCAUUUUCGUGAUGCAUCUAGUCCCUUGACUAACCAUGACACAACUCAUCUCUUGGCUCUUCCUCUUUCAGUUCCUCUUCCUAAUGAACUAAAAGUUGCCUUCUCUUUUUUCUGCAAUUCCAUAAAGAUACCCUCUAGAAAUUCUCCUACGGCUCUCUGAAGGAAAAUUGGGAGGACCGUUACCAUGUGUUUGUUUUAUCAUUCUGUAGAUCGUUGUUCUCGUGAUAGUCUACCAUUUAAAUCUCCAGUGUAGAAUUGUGGAGCUGGAAUAGUGAAAUGGUUCAUUCCUUGUAUGCAUCUUGUUCUCAUCAUACAAUUUUGCAUGCUAUUCCUAGUCAUCAUCCUGUAAGUUUAUAUGGUUUGACUGGUCACUUGUAUCUUGAUUAAUGUCUGCCAGUGGUUAGCUCAAAUAUCCUGGUAAUUAGGGGAAAUUGUGGAAUGUGAUAGGCGAACAAAAGUAGAGAUAAUGUAAGCCUGAGUAUGAUGAAUUUUAGUUAUUUAGAGUGAAGCUUGUCAUUUUUUAA